CUUCUAACUUGAUACAUAUUCAUGUCUACAAACAUAAAUAAAAAAUUGUUUUGCGGAGCAAAUAUAUUUUUAAUUAUCUAACUCUAACUAUUAAAAUGCCGCCCAAAAAAGGAAAGAAGUCUAAAAAGAUUAAGCAAGGGGAAAAGAAAUCUGAAUUAAUAUUUGAUGAGGGCACAGAUGAGACUGAUGUUCUAGAACUUAAUUUGUAUACAGACAUUAAUGAUAAUUUUUUUAAUGAGGCCAGUCGGAUUGUGCAAUUUUUAAUGGAAGCAGAGCGGUUUUUUGAAGCUUCCCGUAUUAAGCGUUAUGCUGAUAUAAUAUUUAAUUUGCACCGACGCUAUGUGGAUGAAGUAAAUGACAAUGAAGUUUUGCGCCCACAAAUCAAAUCUACAGAAGAGAAGCUGCGUCUGGCGCUUGAUUUAACAGCAACUUCUGAAGAGGCUUUGCAAAAGCUAAAGGAUACAUUAGGCGAUGCUUGGAAAGAAUCGGACGCAUCGGCUCUACGGGAACAACUUGUGCAAGAGAAACUUCAAGAAGUUUUAAUUAAAUGUGAGGGUAUAGGAGAUCGCGACGCUGGAAAAACCGAUGAUGCAGCAGAAAUAACUAUAUACGAUAUGGAUACAAUUUAUGUAUUGAUGCGCGAUAUUCUAGAAUAAGGUAAAUCAGAAAACAGGAUGUUAGUUAUUAUUAGACGUAUAUGAACUUGUGA